UUAAUAAAAAGUUUAGAGUAAUCUCAUUGAAUACACAGAAACAAGUAUCAUGGGUUUCGUUUUCAUUCAUCAUAAUUUGUCUUUACAAUGUUUCUUCUCUCCUCCACAGGUACGCCACAGAACAACAGAAUAGACACUUCCACAUGGAUUAAACUCCCUGAAAGAGCAAGAACCCUCACCUUUUGUAACCUUCAAUCCAUUGUUCCCUUUUCACGCUGUCAGGUAAUUCUUUCUUCCACCAUAUGCAAACCAAAACCAAAACUGAGCAUUGAUAUAUAAAUCAAUCCUCUGUUUUUCCUUCUUGGUACCACAGAAAAAACUGUCUUGAUCCUUUUCAUGUCGGUUGAUUUCUGAAAAACCCUUUUAACAUGAGAAGCAUAGCAUCUUGUUACAGUGAACAUGCCAUUAAAGUUUCAGAUUCUUAUUGUUCUUCAAGGCCUUCAAACCAGGCUUAUCUCUGUCCCAAACUGAACAACCCCUGUUCCAUGAACCAAGACUCUGUUUCUUGCAUCUACAAAGUGAACAUGAUCUCAUCACAGAAACAAUUCCUAAUCACAAUAACUUGGACCAAGAAACUCAUUGGCCAAGGAUUCACCAUAAACAUCACCACCAACAUUGAAUUUCCACCCUCUAAAUUCAAUACAAACCCAACUCCCCCUCUGCAAUUGAGAAAAAACAGAGGCGAUGAAAGUUUCAAGGUUCGAAACUUUGAUGUCAGAAUUUUGUGGGAUCUCUCUGCAGCCAAGUAUAAUGAAGGGCCAGAGCCGAAGGGUGAGUUCUAUGUCGUUGUUUUGGUGGAUUCUGAACUGGGUCUUCGCCUCGGUGACAAGGAUGAUGAAAUUGAUGAAACACUGGACCUGAGUAUCAUGAAGGGGAAUUUUUCAAUGGUUUCUAGGAGCGAGCGAUUCUCUGGGACUACGGUUUAUGCAACGAGGGCGAAGUUUUCUGAGUCAGGGGAUUUUCAUGACAUAUUGAUAAGGUGUGUUGCAGAGGAAGAAGGGUUGAAGAUGAAUCAUGUGUUGUCUGUGUGUUUGGAUAAGAAGACAGUGUUCCAGGUGAAGCGUUUGAGGUGGAACUUUCGUGGGAAUCAAACGAUUUUUGUUGAUGGUUUGGUGGUGGAUAUGAUGUGGGAUGUUCAUGAUUGGCUUUUCAAUCCAAACUCUGAUUCCUCUGCUGUGUUCUUGUUCAGGACAAGGAGUGGAUUGGAUAGUAGGCUCUGGUUUGAGGAGAAGAAUUUGCAGACAUGCAAGGAGCAUGAAAGAAUUGGGUUCUCUUUGUUGAUAUGUGCUUGUAAGAACCCUGAUUGAUUCAAUCUUUUGAUUUCUCUUUUUGUUUCUUAGAUUAUAUUUUUUGUUUGUCUUGUUGUUCAUCUGGUUUUUCUAAGAUUUGGAAAGCUGACAGCAGCCACUGAGAUAUGGUUUUUUGUCCUCUCUUUGGAUCAUGCCUGUUCUUAUUGGAAGAAAAUAUCAAAGUUUUAAAGAUAAUAUUGAUUAUUUGUAUUUGACUGUUAAAAAAUUUUUAAAGAAGAAAAAGAAUACCUGAA